AUAUUUUCAGUUACCGUUACAAAUACAUUGUUGUGUGAUGGAAGUGGAUAACUUCAUAACUCGUUGGCGUAGCCUGUUUGUGUCAUGCAAAGUAGUCGCGUGAUGUCUGCUAAGUAGCUAAUUUAGCUAGCUAUUCUGCCGAGGUGGAGAUUGAAUGGCAUGUCUUUCAAAGAGCUAUCAAAGAUGUCUACAGCCAAGCACAGGAUGCGCGAUAAGAAGAUGAGGAACCAGCCGAUCAACGUCACCUAUUCCUCCCAGAGCAGCUCACACUGGAGGAACGGAGGGGACACCCCUACAGGUCGAGGCCAUGAUCUGUCUCCACAUCCAUGGGGCCAGGGGUCCUCCCACUCUGGCCAUGCCCAGGGAGUGGGCUGGGUCCGGGGCCACCAGAGAGAAGGACACGGGGGAUACCAGCAGGCUCUGCCCACACACAUCACUGCCUCAGCGUUUGCCAAGGCCCGGGCUGCAGAGGUGAACGCCAUGUUGAUGGCCGUCACCAAGACAACAGGCAGCUCCCAUGUGUUUGGAGCUCUUCCUAAACACAUGAGGAGAAGAGCCAUGAGUCAUAACACCAAGAGACUCCCCUGCAGGCUGAGAGACAUGGCCAACAACAUGUUGGAGAAGAGUCAGAAGGUGAAGAGGGAACAGUCCAAGAGCAAGAGCCGUAAAGCCCGGCGUCGCCACGGCAACAUGCUCCUGGAAUUCAACCGUCGCCAGCGGAAGAGCCUGUGGCUGGAGACGCACAUCUGGCACGCCAAACGCUUCCACGUGGUCAAGAGAUGGGGCUACUGUCUGGGAGACAGGCCAACCUACAAGUGUUACAGAGCCUGCUACAGAGCCAUGAGCUCCCACUGUCUGCUACAGGACAUGUCGUACUACUGCUGUGUGGAGUUACAGGGGCCAGGGGAACAGCUGUUAGCUGCCCUUUCUAAGCUGACCAGCAAGGAAACUGGGCCUACGUUUGCAGCAGCCAUGUGUGUGUCAGGCAGGAGACAGGGCAGUGUGGUGGUGUACAGAGCAGGACAGUACCCUCUCCAGCCCCUGGGGCCUGUCACAUUCCUCUGGAGACCCACAACGCAGGGCCGGGGGGGCCAGGAGGACCAGGGCUCCCAGGGAUCAACACACAGACAGCUGUGGAUCUGGGCUCACCCCACCAUGAAAACGGACCUCCUCCCAGAGCUGCAGGCUGUCUGUCAGUGUUCUGAGGCUGUCCUUCCACCUGCUCCAGUGGACCUCCCUGUCCCACAGCCAGCCCCAACCCCCACCUUGGCCCCCGGUCCUGGGGCUGGUCCUGAGGCGGUGCAGGCCUCUGGUUCUGGUUCUAAGAGGAAGUGGUCCUCCAGGGAGCCUGAGGCUGCUGGGCCACCAGCCAAGAAGCUCCUGGGAUACAGUACCAUUUCUGCUACCACACCCAUCACCUGGAGGUCCAGUACCACUGGUAUAGUCAUCAGUGACCUCACCAUGGAGAUGGUGCGGUAUCGUCUGAUUGGACCUCUAUCACAUUCCGUUCUGACUGAAACCCUGGCCCCUGCCACACUCUGUGAUGCUGCAGGUAAAUCCAGACCAUCCCCCUUCUGGUGGCCAGAUCACUGCAGAGACAACUGCAACAUGUCUCUUCAUCAACAACAAGCUGGUGUCUUCAACAUGCUCAGAGGUGUGUACUCCACAGCGGAGGUCCCAGCCGGCUCAGUUCUGGGUCUGACGGUGGAUGACCCCAGAUUGACCUUACCAAACAAGAGAAGCAAGGCCGUGACCGACAUCAGGAAGGCACAAGGAGGGAACGAGGAGAGGAGGAGGGAACUGAUGUUGAAGGGGAUCCCUGAAGCCCUCAGCCAGAGUUCCCUGUGGGACCGGUCUGUCCGCGACAACGUCACACACAACAAGAUGACAGACCAGGAAGUAAACAGACUGCGUAAUGAUGUUCUGGUCCCAGGCUCCAGACUCCCCACCCCCCUGCAGGGUAGAGUACCCGUCCUACUGGUGCAGCAGUCUGGGAAGAGCCAGGGCACAGAGAUGGGGUCCUGGGGGGCGGGAUGGGACCUGCUGCUACCCAAGGCCUGGGGCAUGGCCUUCUGGGUCCCUCUGGUUUAUAGAGGAGUACGUAUCGGAGGGCUGAGGAUGAGCCUGAAACACGCCCAGAAUAAAGGAGAGCCUCACUUUCCCCACGACUACCCAGACUGCCCUGCAGGAGCACGCUUCCAGGAAGAGCAGGAGGCUGAGCUGCUGGCCAAGUUCAGGAGGCGCCCACCAGCCAAACGGACCAAUUACAUCAAACAUGGCUGCCUGGCUCCGUUCCGUUGUCCCUGGCAACAGCUGGUCGAGGAGUGGGAGCUGAUCGUGAAGGAGGAAGGAGGAGGAGGAGAGGAAUCAGUCGCAUCAAUGGAACAGGAAGUGACAUCACCACAGAGUAACUUCACAGUCUUGAGGAAUAGGAAGUCUCUAAGGCAGCUGUCCGCUUGGUGUCGCCCCACAUCCUCUAAAUGUCAGAGGGCACGUAACCCGGGAUCAACACCACAACUCAACCGUAACGUUGCAGCGUCUCUCCUCUCGGCACACGGUGGCAGCAGCCUGGUGUGGAUCCGUCUCUCCCUCGUCACCAAGGGCCAACCGGAGCAGCACGCCCUGGUGUGUGUCCCCACCGAAGAGGACCUCCAGCUGGUACGUAAGGAGCCGGGCUGCACAGGGCCCCAGGAGCCUCUACACACUGACCACUUCAAGAGCCGCGUCAAACGGCCACGCAAGAAGGGCCCCAACAAACCUGGAACCUCCUCCUCUUCCUCCGCCAGCCUCACCUCUUCCUCCUCCAGCCUCACCUCCUCCUCUUCCUCCGCCAAGCCUGAAAACAAGCAGUCCGACCCUGCCUCUACCUCAGUCCCCAGUGUCAACCCUGGUCCUGAUCCUAGCUCCUCCUCCAGCCUCACCAACCCCUCUUCCUCCGCCAAGCAGUCUGACCCUGCCUCUACCUCGGUCCCCAGUGUCAACCCUGGUCCUGAUCCUAGCUCCUCCUCCAGCCUCACCAACCCCUCUUCCUCCUGUACCUCAACCCUGACUCUGGGUCUCUGGCCGGAGCCCCUUCCCAGCGUCACCUCCCACUGCUCCAGGGUGACUCUGGGCUGGGUGACCCAGGGGGACUUCUCCCUGUCGGCUGGCUGUGGAGAGGCUCUGGGGCUCCUCAGCCUUACUGGUCUCCUACACACCCUGCUCAGACAGCCUGAUGGCCAGAGAGGACUGGUGCUGCUACGGAACCCCGGGUCACUGCAGUACCGUUUCGCUAAGAUCAACAUAGAGGUCUGAGGAGGACUGCAGGUUCAAUCCCACAUCACAACAGUGCCGCUUCCCUAAGAUCAACAUAGAGGUCUGAGGAGUACUGCAGGUUCAAUCCCACACCGCAACAGUGCCGCUUCCCUAAGAUCAACAUAGAGGUCUGAGGAGGACUGCAGGUUCAAUCCCACAUCACAACAGUGCCACUUCCCUAAGAUCAACAGAGGUCUGAGGAGGACUGCAGGUUCAAUCCCACAUCACAACAGUACCGCUUCCCUAAGAUCAACAUAGAGGUCUGAGGAGGACUGCAGGUUCAAUCCCACAUCACAACAGUGCCGCUUCCCUAAGAUCAACAGAGGUCUGAGGAGGACUGCAGGUUCAAUCCCACAUCACAACAGUGCCGCUUCACUACGUAUAGCCACAGACUGUGUUGUGAGUAAAACACUGUGCCUAGUGUGAGUCCCUUCACCCCAACCCCUGUUAGGGGUACUUAGAUAUUAAAUACCUGGCAUGCACACACAACAUUACCCAUAUUGAAUGACUCAUUGUUUGAGUGGAAGAACUUCUUCUUGAUAAUAAUUCCCUGUAAGGUGUUCUGGGAGUUUUUCAUUUGAAUUGAAAUGACAGUUAUUUUUAGUUCAAUAUUGUUUUCACCGAAGGGACUGCCUUCAGAUUGUCACUGGGUGUGUACUGGCUCUGUAGCGAAGACACCAAUCAUUCUUUGGUUUGCCUGAUUCCCAUUUUUGUGAAAACAUAUCUUUGUUUGGAUUUGAGAGUACGAGUUGAAAUGGUUGACAAUAAAAAUCCCUCUACGCCAGAAUGUUUCCUAUUGUACCGAGACAUUUACGUUAUUCUCCUAUUUGUAUCUAUUGUUGUGGUGAAGUAGGAGCCUGCAGGAAGUAGGAACAGUAAGCGAUAUAUCACUACUAAUAAAACUGAAUUGGCCUUCUGCUCUCAUAAAGAGUUUAAAAUGUGUUUUUAUUACCAAGAUAAAUUGUCUAACAUUGACAGAUGAAUUUUUACUCGUCAAAAUAAAAUGAGUGUUUCUCUUACCGCUAUACCUUCGCUUAAGUCCAUUGUCACUAAAUAUAUGAUUCAAAAUGGAGGUGAGUUGAAGACGUUGGCUCAGCCGUACCUGUCAGUUAAACUGCAUUACGCCACUGCUCUUUGAAAUGCCAUUCAGAAAAUGACGUUUUGAUUUGAAAAAGGGUGAAGCUGUAGUUGUCAUGUUUAAAUGUCUGUAGUGCUGAGGCCAUCCUUCCCGAAGCUGGUCCGUAUUUAUUAGCUUAAACAAAGAACGUCUGACGUUUAAAACACCUCACAUUUAAAUAGUCAUUCUUGUCACGACCAGUAGAGUGCGCUGGUGCACCUCCUUUGCCAGCCAGGAGUUUCUUGGGCGCUCGAGAAACACUUUAAAUAUCACAUUCCAGUUUAUUAACAAAUCAAUGAUUGAAACCAUCUCAUCAGAAAUUCGAUCCAACAGUUGCUUUCGUAUUAACAGAGAAUAUCAGGUGGUUCCUCCAGACAGCCACCUCGUUGAGAAUUACAUAACGUUUUAUUUGUGUCUGUAGUGCAUGUGGGUUCAACCCUGAGAAGUCUCCUCAGUAUCUGUAGCACCAGAUUUCAAUUCCCUGACAAUUGUAACUUUCCCAAAGAUGUCCAGGUUUUUCCCAGAAAUCCUGCUUCUGGCAAGUCUCCUGGAAACAGGAGCGAGGAUUUCUGGAAAAUCUGGGGAAUUUUUUGCUAAUGGAGACAGUGCUCUCACUUUGUCCCGGUAGUCAGUCUGGCAACCCAGGAGAGAGACGUGUAGUGUUGACACAGGUCGUCUCUGUACACAGACAGGUGUGGCUGAUAUUAGGAGUCGUCCUGUGGGCCAGGUUUGUUACACAUGAGUUUAGCUGCCAGAGAUCCGUACGCGUUGCUUUUCGCCUCCGGCUGAACCUUGUCUUUACAUUUUCUCCCUGUAGCAGAGACCAGAGACGACACAUAUAGAUCAUUAGAGAGGUCUACAUUCACCACGUUAUUCUGUUGCUGGGGGUAAUGCACAUUCACCAUGUUAUGCUGCUGCUGGGGAUAAUGCACAUUCACCAUGUUAUUCUGCUGCUGGGGAUAAUGCACAUUCACCACGUUAUUCUGUUGCUGGGGGUAAUGCACAUUCACCAUGUUAUUCUGCUGCUGGGGAUAAUGCACAUUCAUAUUCUACAGCUGGGGGAUAAUGCACAUUCAUGUUCUGCUGCUGGGGGAUAAUGCACAUUCAUGUUAUUCUGCUGCUGGGGAUAAUGCACAUUCACCAUGUUAUUCUGUGUAAUUCCAUGUAACUCUGGUCCUCCAGAACCCCCCAACAGCCCAACCCCGGUCCUCCAGUACCCCCCAACAGCCCAACCCCGGUCCUCCAGAACCAACCAACAGCCCAACUCCGGUCCUCCAGUACCCCCAACAGCCCAACCCUAGUCCUCCAGAACCCCCAACAGCCCAACCCUAGUCCUCCAGAACCCCCAACAGCCCAACUCCGGUCCUCCAGUACCCCCCAACAGCCCAACCCCGGUCCUCCAGUACCCCCCAACAGCCCAACCCCGGUCCUCCAGAACCAACCAACAGCCCAACUCCGGUCCUCCAGUACCCCCAACAGCCCAACCCUAGUCCUCCAGAACCCCCAACAGCCCAACCCUAGUCCUCCAGAACCCCCAACAGCCCAACACCGGCCCCCCAGUACCCCCAACAGCCCAACUCCGGUCCUCCAGUACCCCCCAACCCUCGUCCUCUAGAACCCCCAACAGCCCAACCCCGGUCCUCCAGUACCCCCCAACAGCCCAACCCCGGUCCUCCAGUACCCCCCAACAGCCCAACUCCAGUAUCCCCCCAACCCUCGUCCUCUAGAACCCUCAAACAGCCCAACUCCGGUCCUCCAGAACCCCCAAACAGCCCAACUCCGGUCCCCCAACAGCCCAACUCCGGUCCCCCAACAGCCCAACUCCGGUCCCCCAACAGCCCAACUCCAGUACCCCCCAACAGCCCAACUCCAGUAACCCCCAACCCCGGUCCUCCAGAACCCCCAACAGCCCAACCCUAGUCCCCCAGUACCCCCAACAGCCCAACUCCGGUCCUCCAGUACCCCCCAACCCUCGUCUUCUAGAACCCCCAACCCCAGUCCUCCAGUACCCCCCAACAGCCCAGCCCCGGUCCUCCAGUACCCCCAACAGCCCAACCCCGGUCCUCCAGUACCCCCCAACAGCCCAACCCCGGUCCUCCAGAACCAACCAACAGCCCAACUCCGGUCCUCCAGAACCCCCAACAGCCCAACUCCGGUCCUCCAGUACCCCCAACAGCCCAACUCCGGUCCCCCAGUACCCCCAACAGCCCAACCCUAGUCCUCCAGAACCCCCAACAGCCCAACACCGGCCCCCCAGUACCCCCAACAGCCCAACUCCGGUCCUCCAGUACCCCCCAACCCUCGUCCUCUAGAACCCCCAACAGCCCAACCCCGGUCCUCCAGUACCCCCAACAGCCCAACUCCGGUCCUCCAGUACCCCCCAACAGCCCAACUCCGGUCCUCCAGUACCCCCCAACAGCCCAACUCCGGUCCUCCAGUACCCCCCAACCCUCGUCCUCCAGUACCCCACAACAGCCCAACCCCGGUCCUCCAGUACCCCCCAACAGCCCAACUCCGGUCCUCCAGUACCCCCCAACAGCCCAACUCCGGUUUCGUUGUAACCCUUGCCAAACACUUCAACUAAUUGAGGGCUUGAUGAUUAGUGGACGAGUUGAAUCAGGUGUGCUUGUCCAGGGUUACAAUACACAUGGGUACUGUUGGACCGGGGGAUUUAGUUUCAGGUGUUUCUUCUACCCCUGCUACAUGUGGUUAGCUGGGGCCAAACCAGUAAUACCAUGUUAAAAUAUCACAGAGAAUUACCCGCUUCAAAUGCAACUUGUUUAGGCAAAAAAAAUGUCUUUGUUUCCUUGUAGAAAUCUAGUCUUGGAUAUUAAAUCAAGAUGUUUCAAAUGCUCUCAUCCAUUUCUAUUUGUUGUAGAUGUAUAUAGUUACCUGGUAUUUUCCCCAUGGCUAUAAAGGUUGUGUUUUCAG